CCAAAAAAUAAACAUGGCUGCGCCCAUGUCGGCUUUUCAACAUUCGUCUGUUCGCCCAUUUAAACAAGAAAGUUCACCAUUUGAACAAGAACAAGAUGCCAAUACAGCGUUAUCCGAUCUUGAUAGAGGAUUGAGAUCCAUGAAGGUUGGUGUACAGUGUGAGGCUGUGGUGCGAUUCCCAAAGCUGUUUGAAAAGUACCCAUUUCCCAUCCUCAUCAAUUCUGCUUUCCUUCGACUGUCUGAUGUAUUCAGAUCAGGGAAUAAUUUUAUCCGCUGGUGUAUCCUGCGUGUGACAGCAGAGAGUGGGAAACACCUUGACAAGAUUCUCAAUGUGGAGGAGUUCAUGCGGAGGAUAUUUGCUGUCUAUCACAGCAAUGACCCAGUGGCCAGGGCUGUAACACUAAGAGCCCUUGGGAACAUUUCCCUGAUCAUAGCGGAGAGGAAGAACAUUCACCACAGUAUUGUGGUCAGUCUUGACUCUCACGAUGCUGUAGAGGUGCAGGCAGCCAUCUUUGCUGCACAGAAGUUCUCUGAGCAAUCGAGUGUGUUUGCAGGAAACAUUUGUGACCGUAUCUCAGAGAUGAUUCACAGUGUGGCAACGCCAGUGGACCUGAAACUCUCCCUCAUACCCAUCCUACAGUAUAUGCACCAUGACGUCGCCAUGGCAACCAAGGCUCGGAAUGUUUGUAUGAGCCUGUUGCUAGGCUAUCCAGCAGAGAAGUUCAAGGUCACGACUCUUCGAACAAUGUCACAGUUAGCAGUCCUUUCUCUGACGGACAUACCAGCACAGAUAAAGCUAUUGCUGGAUGAGUUAUCAAGUGACCCGCGAGGUCAUGUGAAGGUCGUAUGUCUGCAGGAGUUAUGUACCUUGGCUCGCAAAGCCCCACACCUCUGGAAUCAUGUACAUACAGAGAAACUGUGCCAUUAUGUCCUGGAUGAGGAUUCAGUUCCCCGUGCCAGGUUGGCUGUCACCGUUCUUGCGCUGCUCUCCCGAGACCUUACAUUUAGGCUAAUCUUCAACAAGCAUGAUCUGGACAGCACACUGAUGUCGGUGUGUAACCUGAGUUACGGCAGCGAGGAUCCGGUACUGGCCUCCAGUGUGGUUGAGUUCUACACCAACAUUGUCAUAGCAUACCUUGCCACUAAGAACACAGAACACUGGGGCGGGACCAGCCUGGUGGAUGGGGUGGCCACAGCCAUACAGACACAGAUACUGGUCCAUCUCAUAGACCCUGAACACAUCACUCAGCUCAAGGUGUGCCUGAAGUGUGCUGUACAAAUGGUGAAAUCCCAGCCCAAAACUGCAGACAUGUUCGUAACCUGCAUCACCAGCAUGCUGCCUGAUGUCUCAGUUCAUGUAGCAGCAGUGUUGUGUGAAGCGUUGGCAGCUAUUGGCUCGGUGAAUCAGGCCCUCCUACAGAAGUCAGUCAUACCACAGCUCCUGUCUCUUCUCCAGUCUUCCACAUUUGAAGAUACACAGCCUCACCAGAUGCAGGUGUACCUAUGUACAGUACUGUUCCAAGUGGCAGAGGGGUCACCCAUCCCUGGUCGGGCAGAGGAAGUGAUGAUCUCAUGUUUCCAGGCAGCUGACCCCUGGCUGGGCUACAAGCUCGCCCGCCAGGCCAUGAGGUACGGCCAGAGUGGAGUCGCUCACAGGCUGCUGCAGGGGCUUGCAUUACAGGUGUCUUCUGAACACUUUCACUUCUGGCUGUGUGGUCUGCGGGAGGUGUGUGCUGGUGAGAGGAAGCUCCAGGCCAGAGAAGACAACCCAAUAACCACCAUACAGGGUGCUCUCUCACACUACCACCGCGCCAUUGCUGCCAUCAAGGCUGCAGUGGUGCCAAGUUUCUCCCAACAGUUCCAGACAGAGUAUAUCUCCCUGCGUACAUCCCUGCUAGAGUCCCAUGGCCAGCUGCUGCGCACGUGUAACACAUUCCGCACGUGCCCACCCCCUGCAAUCGCCACUGCACAGGCUCAAACCAGCGGCCAGGAAAUCACCAAGUAUGAGCACAUAGUAACACAGUUGCGUCGUUGCUGUAAGGAGUAUGAGAAAAUCAGUGAAGGGCUGGCGUCUCUCUAUCAACAGUCCUUCGACGCCGACCCCGCCACCCUCACAAACAUACAACAGUUACAGACAAGCUGUGAGCUGAUGAAGUUGGCCCUUUCUUCCAUUGCUCAGACCAGCCAGGAUGGUCAAGCGCUAUUAGCGGACAAGAUGGUUCUUGGUGUAGGGGAGGUAACUGGGGACAGGUUCAAGCAGCUACUCAACACAGUCCACACAGAGUUAGCUACCUUGCUCCACACUGAGGGCACACAGGUCAUCUCGUAUAAGCACUUGGAGUUCCUACAGCAGUCUGCAGCUAGACUGGCGAUGUCAGCCUGCUGUUUUCCUCGCUACUUUUUCCAGAGUCUCCAACAGACUGCACUUAAGCUGGCAAUAUCUCCCCAGCAGACAGCCACAGAGCCCAUUCUUGUACAGAAUGACACAUUCCUGACCUUGAAGGUGGAGGGUGUGAUCCAGCACGGCCCCCGACCCGGGCUUUACCGAGGGAUACAUGCAAUUGGCAUCACAGUCAACUCCAGUAUCCUCACAAGGACCCUCUCCAACUCUGAUGUCAAGGGUACCGAGUCUACGGUGAACCACCUGGAGCAGAACGUUGAGCCCCACAAUGACUACUUCACUGUCAGUUUCCUUCUCCGCUUCCCAGUCCUUGGCCUGCAUACCCUCAACAUCGAGGCAGCCAUCUUGGAUGGGGGUGGAGUCACAUGGCAUACAGGUCCUCGUGUCACGCUUCAGGUGAAGUCAUACGAUGAUGCUAUCCAGCGUCAGCAGCAGACGCGACAACCACAGCGACCAGGGUUCUCUAAGCUGAUACAACCCUGAGCCUUGUGGAAGGGACUGAUGGAGUCUGGUUUAAAAUUACCGUGAAAUGACAGAUAGAGUAGGACAGAUUUUGCCUUACACAGAGGUUUAACACACAGAGGGAAAUACCAUUGGGCAUUUGUUAACAUGUAAAUAUUGUCAACGGUUGAAAUGGCAAUUCGGGUGUACAUGGACACUAGGAUAGUGGAGUUGUGGGGUGGGGACUUGAGUGCCAAGCUAAGCCAAGUCAGUGACAGGAUUGUUCAUAGCUUACUUUACCAGGGGUGGUGAAAACAUGUUUCAUGUAUAAAAUUGUAACCAAGCUUUACUUGCAAACUGUUUGGAAGUGUUUCCAUAGUCUGAUUCAUAAACAAACUUGGUAUAUGUACAUCAGUCUUCAUGUGUAUUGCUGUUAAGACUGUUUGAGUGGUAAUCUCAUCAUAAUGAAAUUGUGUUGCCCUAAAACCAAUCAGAUUAAACAGUUUAUACAUCAAAUAUGUUUUCGUUUUGUUUAUUAGGUUACAUCACUCAUGUAACAUGUAUUUUAUCCAUGUGGAUAAACUUUUUAUGCCCCCGAAGGUGGGCAUAUUAAAAUUGCACCGUCUGUCUGUCCGUGUGUCCGGCUCAAUAACUCGUGUCCGGGCUGUAACUUUCUCUUGUAUGGACAGAUUAAAAUAACUUGCCACAUGUGUUUGACAUACCAAGACGAUGUGUCGCUACAUGACCGGUGUCCCUACCUCUAAGGUGAAGGUCACACUUAGGUAUUUAUUCACAAUGGAAUGCUGCAUAUAAGGACAUAGAGUAUAGGCUGUCGUGUCCGGGCUGUAACUUUUUCUUGUAUGGACAGAUUUUAAAAUUACUUGCCACAUGUGUGCCACAUACCAAGAUGACGUGUCGCAUGCAUGACCCGUGUCCCUACCUCUAAGGUCAAGGUCACACUUAGGUGUUUAUUCACAAUGGAAUGCUGCAUAUAAGGACAAAGAGUAUAGGUUGUCGUGUCCGGGCUGUAACUUUUUCUUGUAUGGACAGAUUUUAAAAUAAUUUGCCACACGUGUUAGACAUACCAAGACAAUAUGAGUGCAAGACCCGUGUCCCUACCUCUAAGGUCAAGGUCACACUUAGGUGUUUAUUCACAAUGGAAUGCUGCAUAAAAGGACAUAGAGUAUAGGUUGUUGUGUCCUGGCUGUAACUUUUUCUUGUAUGGACAGAUUUUAAAAUAACUUGCCAUAUGUGUUUGACAUACCAAGAUGAGGUGUCGCGUGCAAGACCCAUGUCCCUACCUCUCAGGUGAAAGAUACACUUAGUGUUUAUUCACAAUGGAAUGCUGAAUAUAAGGACAUAAGAGUGUGGGUUGUCAAGUAUGGGUGGUAUUUUUUUAUGUUCAGUGGCAAUUUAAAAUAACUUGCCAUAUGAAUUUGACACGUAAAGGCAAGAUCAACUUUUCAUGUACUGACCUUGUUCAUAGGUCAAUGUUACAUUCGGGGGCAUUCGUCACAUACUGUGACAGCUCUUGUUUUGAUAUAAAUUAUGAAAUUUUGCAAUUCUGUUAUGUGAUAUAAAGUUUGAAUAUGUUUUCAUUUGUUUCAUUGCCAGUUGUGUGAAAGUGAAUCACCACUAUCUCUUAAACUUUAAGAAUAAGUUUAGAUAAAAAAUAAUGAGCUAUUGAAAGAUAUGCUCAUGUGACAUUGAAAGUGUGUGUAGAUCAUUAUGAAUAAAUAACAUCAAAACAUUCUGCAUGAUGGCAGAA